AUGUCAUUUUAUCCAUAUCUAUCUAUCUAUCUAUCUAUCUAUCUAUCUAUCUAUCUCUUUCUGUUCAUAUCUAUCUAUCUAUCUCUUUCUGUUCAUAUCUAUCUAUCUAUCUAUCUAUCUAUCUAUCUCUUUCUGUUCAUAUCCAUCUAUCUAUCUCUUUCUAUUCAUAUCUAUCUAUCUAUGUAUCUAUCUAUCUAUCUCUUUCUGUUCAUAUCUAUCUAUCUAUUUAUCUCUUUCUGUUCAUAUCUAUCUAUCUAUCUAUCUUUUUCUGUUCAUAUCCAUCUAUCUAUCACUUUCUGUUCAUAUCCAUCUAUCCCUUUCUGUUCAUGUCUAUCUAUCUAUCUCUUUCUGUUCAUAUCUAUCUAUCUACCUUUUUUCUGUUCAUAUUCAUCUAUCUCUUUCUGUUCAUAUCUAUCUAUCUAUCUAUCUAUCUAUCUAUCUAUCUAUCUUUUUCUGUUCAUAUCCAUCUAUCACUUUCAUAUUUAUCUAUCUGUUUCUCUUCAUAUUUAUCUAUCUUUUUUUCUUCAUAUUCAUCUAUCUCUUUAUGUUCAUAUCUAUUUAUCUAUUCUUAUAUAG